GUCCCAGAAGCCAUCAUGAGCAGCGGCUGCAAGCCCGGACAGAACCCGUACGAAGGGGGAGGCAACGGCGGCGGCUCCGGAGCUCCCCGGAGGGCUCGGGCUCAGCGCGGGGGAGAUGCCCAGGGCCAAGCCAACGACGACAUGGACGCCAACAGCAACGGCUCUAGCGGCAACGAGUCGCACGGUGAUUCCCACAGCAGCUCCCGCAGCAGCGGCAAUGGCAAGGACUCGGCCCUGCUGGAGACCACGGAGAGCAACAAGAGCUCCAAUUCCCAAAGCCCGUCGCCUCCCAGCAGCUCCGUCGCCUACAGCCUCCUCAGCGCCAGCUCCGAGCAAGAUAACCCGUCGACCAGCGGCUGCAGUAGUGAACAGUCGGCGCGAGUGAAGACCCAGAAGGAGCUCAUGAAGGCUCUGAAGGAGAUGAAGAUCCGGCUGCCCUCGGAGAAGCGCAGCAAAGGGAAGUCGGGCACUCUGGCCACUCUCCAGUAUGCCUUGUCCUGUGUGAAGCAGGUCCAAGCCAGCCAAGAUUAUUACCAGCAAUGGACCAUCGACGACAGCCAGCCCUGCAGCCUGGACAUGUCCACUUACACCAUCGAGGAGCUGGAAAACAUCACCUCGGAGUACACCCUGAAAAACCCCGACACAUUCUCAGUCGCCGUCUCCUUCAUCACGGGGAAGAUCGCCUACAUCUCCGACCAGGCUGCCUUCAUCCUGCGCUGCAAGAGGGACGUCUUUAAGGGGGCCAAGUUUGCCGAGUUCCUGGCGCCGCAAGACGUCAGCAUCUUCUACGGAUCCACCGCCCCGUACCACUUGCCCUCCUGGAGCAUCUGCACCUCUGCCACCGCUGCCGCCGCUGCCAUGGAUUACACCCAAGAGAAAUCUGUGUUCUGCCGAAUCAGCGGAGGCCUGGAGAGCGGGCGAGAGCUGCGCUACUACCCCUUCCGGCUGACGCCGUACCUGACCAAAGUGCGCGACUCGGACAACGCCGAAGGACAGCCCUGCUGCCUGCUGAUCGCCGAACGCAUCCAUUCGGGUUACGAAGCGCCGAGAAUCCCUCCAGAUAAGAGAAUAUUCACUACCAGACAUACUCCCAGUUGCUUAUUCCAGGAUGUGGACGAACGGGCUGCCCCUCUGCUCGGCUACCUCCCCCAAGACCUGAUCGGAACCCCCGUCCUCUUCUAUCUCCACCCUGAGGACCGGCCUCUGAUGCUGGCCAUACACAAGAAAAUUCUGCAGUACGGUGGGCAGCCCUUCGACCACUCGCCCAUCCGCUUCUGCGCCCGCAAUGGCGAGUACGUCACCAUCGACACCAGCUGGUCCAGCUUCGUCAACCCCUGGAGCCGCAAAGUCUCCUUCAUCAUGGGGAGACACAAAGUCCGGACGGGUCCCCUCAACGAGGACGUCUUCACGGCCCCCAAAUCGCAGAAGGUGAAGCCCAUGGAGCAGGACAUCCAGGAGUUCUCCGAGCAGAUCCACCGUCUCCUGCAGCAGCCGGUGCACAGCAACGGAUCCAUGGGCCUCUGCAGCAUCGGCAGCAGCGCCUCCCACGAACAGUUCCUGAGCAUCGCCUCCUCCAGCGACAGCAACGGCAUCCCCAACGAGGAGGCGCAGGCCGCACGGCCGGAGAUCUGCAAGGACGUGCACAUGGUGAAGAAUCAGGGCCAGAAGGUCUUCAUUGAAUCCCGGGUCAGGCCCCAAUCCGCCAAGCACACCCGCGCAGUCCUUGAAGCACCAGCUGAUCGUAGCGUGCAGCCGAUGGAGACCCUGCGGGAGCUGGAGCGGCCUAGGAAGGUGGCCACCUCUGAGGAGUCCGUGAGGAAGGAGCCCUCCAAUUACUCCUACCAGCAGAUCAACUGCCUGGAUGGAAUCAUCAGGUACCUGGAGAGCUGCAACAUCCCAAGCCGCGUGAAACGCAAGUGCGGCUCUUCCUCGUACACCACGUCCUCCAAUUCCGACGACGACAAGCAGAAAGCGGGCGAAGAAGGGAGCUGUCCCAGCAAAGAUGUUCCGGAGGAAAUGCGGCCGACCGCGGAGAGCCAGCCCAAGCGGGAGGAGCCAGGGACGGCAGCUACGGUCGGAGGCCCGCUCACUCCGCUGGCCUUGCCUAGCAAAGCCGAGAGUGUGGUCUCCGUCACCAGUCAGUGUAGCUUCAGCAGUACCAUCGUCCAUGUGGGAGACAAGAAGCCCCCCGAGUCGGACAUCGUCAUGAUGGAAGAGGCAGCCCCCAGCGCCACCCCCCCGGCCCCGCCUCCCAGCGUCACCCCCGAUCGGGAGCAGCAGUACCGCAAGGUGGGCCUGACCAAGGAAGUGCUCUCCGUCCACACCCAGAAGGAGGAGCAGGUCUUCCUCACUCGCUUCAAGGACCUUAGCCAGCUCCACGUCUUCAGCUCCCCCUCGGGCAUCAGCUGGCAGGAGCUGCGCCAGGCGGGGACCCAUGCCGAGCGAGGGCACAAAGGCCCACGCCAGGGAGCUCGGGGUCCCGGCUGCCGCGGCCGCAGCAGGAAGUCGAAGGCCAAGCGCGUCAAGCAGAACAAGUCGUCGGACAGCAGCAGCUCCCCGCAGAACUCGACCGCCCCGCCUCAGGCCCCGGCCGCUCCCUCCUGGCCUCUCUCGGGCCACUCCCAAGCCAGCCUGCCCGCCAUGCCGUACCCGGCCGUCGUGCCCACCUACCCCAUCCCCGUCUUUCCCCCCCGGCCCAGCGCCUCCCCCUCCACGGAGCCCUCCCAGAACACGCUCCCUACCGCUCAGUUCCCCCCACCCCUGGUCACUCCCAUGGUCGCCUUGGUCUUGCCCAACUACGUGUUCCCCCAGAUGAACAGCCCCCUGGCCCAGUCUUACUUCCCCAGCGGGCCCGUGUUCCCCUUCGCCCCCCAGCCGGGCAGCAUGCCCAUGCCAGGUCCUGAGGCGGGCACUCAGGCGCCCUCCCGCUCCUCCACCCCGCACUCCAUGAGCCAGCCCGAGCGGGCCGAGUCCCCGCUCUUCGAGUCGCGCUGCAGCUCCCCGCUGCAACUCAACCUGCUGCAGAUGGAGGAGAUGCCCAAGCCCUGCGACCGCCCCGAAGCAGUCGGCGGCAGCCAAGCGGGGCCAGCCGGGACCGCAAGCGACUGGGCCGGCGUCUCCAACGGGCAAGGCCUAGCGAGCGAGCUCAGCACGCAGAAAGAAACAUGCAUGGUGGAAGCGCACGACUCUUCCAACAACGACGCCCUGUCCAGUUCCAGUGACCUCCUGGACCUGCUGCUGCAGGAGGACUCGCGCUCCGGGACGGGGUCCGCGGCUUCCGGUAGCGGCUCUGCCGCCUCGGGCUCGAUGGGCUCCGGAUCCAACGGGGGCAGCACGUCCGCCAGCGGCACGACCAGCAGCAAGAGCAGCAACACCAGCAAGUACUUCGGCAGCAUCGACUCCUCGGAGAACGACCUGCGGGGCAAGAAGCGGGCUGAGGCGGCGGACGACAACGAGCACUUCAUGAAGUACGUCCUGCAGGACCCUAUCUGGCUGCUGAUGGCCAACACCGACGACAAAGUCAUGAUGUCCUACCAGCUGCCCACCAGAGACCUGGAGAAGGUGCUGCAGGAGGACCGGGAGAAGCUGAAGCAGAUGCAGAAGCGGCAGCCCCGCUUCACGGAGGAGCAGAAGAAGGAGCUGUCCGAGGUGCACUCCUGGGUGCAGAAGGGUGCCCUGCCCAAAGCCAUCAACAUCACGGCCUGCGUGGAAUGUGGCAGCCACCCCACCGCCAAAGUCGCUCCGCCGUACGACGUCGAAAUCCACGACAUGGAGCUGAACGGCCUGCUGGAGCCGGUGCCGAUGGACGAGGGCAACGGCGGGCAGAGCUGCCUGCCAGCUUUGUCCCAGGAGACGGCCAUGGAGGAAGAGGAGGCCGGGCUGGAAGCAGCAACGCAACAGCAGCCGUCUCAGCUAGAGGUGCCAGCAGAGGACUCAGGCUAAGCGCUGGAGGUGCCAAACCACAAACUGCACCUCCCCAACCCGAGAUUCCGGGGUGGGGGGGAGGCGUCGCAUCUGCUUGCCCAGGACUGGGGAAAGCGUGGCCACGUGGCAGGCAGCGCCUAGAGGGGGGGCACUUGCCGCAGCUCUGCCUCCCGCGGCCGUCACCUGGCCGGAAAGAGAGGCGGCUGGCAGGCCCCUGUCCCCGGCCCCGCCUCAGCCAGCCGCGUGAUCUGCAGGAGAGAUUGCGGACGGCCAGUCGGAACGAUGCGCUCAGGCCCGGCCUGGGGCGGCUCCCGGGCUGCAGACGGGCUCUUCGCCGCUGGGCCCAGCCGCCCCUACCUACCCUUGCUGCCUUACGGAAGAAAAUGCUCCCAGACUGCCCGCAAACGCUGGGGUGGGGGGGGACCAGGGGCGAGGGGGGGAGGGAACCGAUGGUAAUUUAUUUUUGCAGAACUGUCUGUCCAUCGAUGUUUUUUUUUUUCCUGUUGUUGUUAAAAGACUUUCUUUUUUUACUGAUCCGCGAGCGAGCUCUUGAUGGGCUUGUUUGUGGCACUUGACAAUAAAAAAACCAAAAUAAAAUUUGGAGAAAUGGAACUGG